AUGACAGUGGGAUACCAGAACUAUACUAUCGCAAACGUCGGGAUACCUGAGAUUAACCGUAUGGAGUACUCACCUGGGGAGAUUGAAGGAAUGCACCAUGAUCGCCGCGAUGCGAGAAGGGCGCGCUCAAUGCCUCCGCACAACAGAGGCCGCACUGGGACGAAAGACCCCCACACAUCACUUCCAGAGCCUGAUCCAGUCACAGGGUAUGGCGAAAUAGUAGCGGUUGACGAAGCCGGCCCUAUUUAUGAAUACCCCAAUUUUGAGGUUUCCUUGAGGGGCGGUGCUGGUGCUGGCCCAUAUAGUCUGUUAGAGGACAGUGACUUCGAAGGAGAUGAUGAUUCGGACGGCAAAGCAGCACAUGUUUCAAACAUUACGUCGAGUCUUGGAAAGGGCACACACAACGUGAUGAAGAGGUUCGCGGACGAUGACAAUGAGGACGAAGACUCCUUCUCCAACCACAGCAGCCUUAAAUUUACGAGGCAGGGUGACACAAAAACCACUGACCCCAAUAACCGACUCUGGGGAGGUGGACCACCUUCAUCAUCUGGGAUAGGAAGAGGGUCUCCGAUAGUUGACAACCCUGUCGGCCGCAGAAACGAUCAGCAUCAGGGACGACGAGGAAAGAGGGCUCCACCUAUUGCACCGGGACUUAUGCCAUUCAAGCCAAAGGUCGACCCUUACGCUGAGAUUCCGCGUGGCUUCCAGUUCGGCUCGUACCAAGCGGAAAAUGUGCCCCUGAAGAAAACUUGGACCACUCUAGAUCCGAAAACAGGGGCCGUCAAAUAUGAAGAGGGAGACCAGGAAGCAGUGGAAGAGAAUGCACCGGAAACGUAUAUGUGGAAUCCCUCCGAUGCAAGAAACACCCCUCUCGCUGCAACGUUUGGAACCUCUCGCGUAGUGGUUGCGGCGGAAGUCAAGGAGAAAAAGGCACCGGAGGUUGGAGGUCUUACUGAAAAAUCCCUUCAGAAGCUUGACAGGCAAUCUCGUCGAGAUAGGGCCGAGUCAAUUGAUGACUAUAUUGAUAUAUCUUCUAUCCCUAGUUCUCCUAACGCUCCUCCUUCUGAGCCAAGUGUCAUGGAACAUCACCCCACCUUGCCGCAAGGUAGCGUGGUCACAGAUGAAACGGCUCACGACCAAUCUAGCCAGAUAGAUCCAGACGUGAGAAAAAACUUCAUAGACAACAUCAAUGCUAUGCAUGAUGCCCGUCCUGCACCAACGACGUUUGAGCGGCGAAACCAAGGCGGCUGGCUCCCACAAAACAAGGCACCAGUGGUAUACAUUAACGAGUUCGGCGAUGGCAAUACUGUCGAGGUCGAAAUGAAGACCGAGACACGAACACGCAAGAUGAACGAGAGGGGAGAAUACGAUGGCGAGGAUUUGGGUCAGGUAAAGAAGCGCUAUCGACGGGGGUUCUCUGAAAUGCUCCAAACACGCGACGGCGAAAUGAUACGUGCGACCAAAGAAUACCACGCGUGGCAGGCCAUGCCCCUUGAGGACCGCAUGGAACGAUUGACACUCAUCCGUCAACCCAUCGAUCUCUGGCAAAAGAAAGCAGGCGCAGAUGAAAGCGACCAGCAUGAGCUGCACUACCUUCCGAAAUUCUAUGAGAGACGAAUCUCCCGUAGAAAGGAAAAAGAGCGUAUGAGAGCCAUCCUUGCCGAUAAAGCAAAGCAGAAAGAAAAGGACAACGCCAGUACCUCAUUGGGAACCACAGGAACUGGUGACACUCUUGACACCUGGGGAGUGCUGGGUGACUGCGAUGACCCGCCGGUUGGGGGCACCAGUGGUGGCUCCCGAACUCCUAGGCUGGGUGAUGAUAGUUGGCAAGAGAUGUUGGAGCGUCUGGUCGAUAUUGACGCACCUAAGUUUUCGAGGUCUUCGUCUCGGACGCGCUCGUCCUCUAAAUCCGCCUCUGUAGCUGGGUCAAUGGCUGGCUCGAUGGCUGGCUCGAUGGUCGGCUCAAUGGCCGCAGAACCAAGCUUUAGGCUCCCCGACAGAUUGCAUAAUAACCAUCGCUCCAAGUCACGUCCAAGUCUGUAUUCGGGCGGUUCUGGUACCGGAAACCCAGUUACUGGACCUCGCCAAUCUAUGCAACCAUCCCCUGCCACAUCUUCCAACUCGUGGUGUACCACAGACGACGGAAACGACGCAUCCUCCACUGUCAGAGGCCUCCGCAAUGCCCCCCUCGAUCGCCACAUUUUCAAUGGCACAGGCACUGACCGAUCAAGCGAUGGAACUAACGCAGCGAACGGACUCGCUGAACUCAUUGCUGCCUAUGACGACUCUCCUGCGCUCAGAAUUCCAACGGAUAUUGACAUCCCAUCACCCCCACUCACUGAGCUCCAACAACUACUAUAUAACCGUGCGAGUAAGAAUAUGGAAGAGCGCGGCCGUGUCGUCACGGUGCGCCUCCAUGCCGUCCAGGAAUCUCACAUGGCUCCAGGCAAUGUGCUGCCAAAAUUCACACCAGGCGCCAUUGCAAACAAGGUAUUUGGUGGGGUAGUGCAGGAGUUCCAACUACACCCUGGAAUGCGAACGGCAGUGGUCGUCUUCAUGCACACGAGGGAGGCACGCUCAUUCGUGCACCAUGUCCGUAACAUAAGAGAGAAAGGCACAGGACACGCUAUCAGGGACCUUCAGAUCGAGGCCUCGUGGUUCAGAGGCGCAGAAUCCCAGGCCAUCCUCCCCGCCCAGCCCAAUCUCCUUAAACACAGCAUCUCCGUGGCCAGGCGGUGCAUACUCCUCUCUCACAUCCCGAAGGAGAAGUCCAACCGUGUUGUCUUCCAAGAACUCUCCGAGUGCUUUGGCACGAUUCUCGUGCGCACCUCUCUCAUCACGCCACAGCAGAAUUACGUCCUGCAAUCUGAGGGAAAGCAGGCUCUGGUCGAGUUCGCGAAUCUCCAGGAUGCCAUCCAAGCGUACGACGACCUGAACUCGGGUCUUAUUGCCGGCUACGAAAACGCGUACCCGGAGUAUAAGAAUGAGCCGACGGAGAAGAGAGCGGUAAUGAAGGAUUACUGCGGGUGUCUUGGUUGUGAGGACAAGAGAACCGCAAAGGCUAGGGAGAAGGAGAGCAGGAAGCGGAAGAUGGAUGAGCAGGUGAUGGAGGAUGAGAAUGAGAUAUCGAGCUACGAAGAUAGUGUCUGCCAAACUCCGAAUCGGCAAACCAAGCAUCGUGAGACGGUGCCCUUGAUAUACGUUCAAAUCCACGACACAGUGGACUCCCCCAACCACCUCGACUCUGCUAUAGGACAAGAUAUGGAUAACCAACAAUUGGACAAGGAGGUCGUGGCUCCCGGCGAUAACACGCCGGUGACAUCCGAGAGCAGCAGCCCGGGACAAACAGAGACCAAGGCAAGGCAGAGCUCAGCCGCUACCACAAAGACUGCCAAGUCCAAGAAGUCGAAGCUGAAGGCCAAGGACUGUGGCAAGCCGGCCAAGAAGUCAAAGUCGAAGAAGGCAAAGGAGGUCGAUAGCAGCAGCGAUGACUCUUCGGACGAUUCAAGUGAUAGCAGCGACGACGACUCGAGUGAUAGCUCUUCGUCAAGCUCCUCCGACUCCUCCGACACAGAGAUGGAAACCAAGAAGCAGAAGGCGAAGCGCAAGCUGAAGGAGAAGAAAAAGGCCAAACAAAAGGCGAAGGACAAGAAGAAGGCCAAAUCAAAGAAGAAGGCGGCAAAAGAUGAUUCCUCAGAUUCGGACUCCGACAGUGACAGCACCGAUGAGACCUCCGACAGCGUUGACGAAGACUUGUCCGAUGACCAGGAUAUCAAUACCAAGCUACUUCAACUACAACUUCUUCAACAGCAAUUAGGACAGCCUGUUCCCCCGACCUAUUAUCCUCCAGCGGGUGGAAGGGGCCUAAACCGUGGCCUCCGAGGUGGCCGCGCACGCGCCGGCAUGGCAGCCCGGAUUCAGGCGCAGCAGAACGCUAAACUUGGCCUGGAUGCAUUGGGCCAGAAGCUGAAGAAGGAUAAGAAAGCGAAAUCGAAGAAGCGAGGCUCAAAGCUGGAGUUCAAGAGGGUGGAUCAGCUGUGGGAUAGCACAAUCCACAACUACAAGCUCACAGAUACGGCUGAAGAUGAGGAGUCUGCCGAAUACGACCAGUACCUGUUCAAUGUCAGGCGAACAUUUGACUGGGAAGGAAAGUACAAGACCACCCUGAUUGACAUUAAGAGUAAGCUGUUGAAGGAAGCAUUGAAUGGUGUCAUGGAUGGAGUGAAGGGAGUGAGCUUGGUUGAAGAAGCUCCGGCAAUCGACCCGAACCUCCUCUUCCUUUACCUUGAGGAUCUUCGAAAGCUCAUGAAAGACCUCAAGGGAAAGCGCAAGGGCGAAGUAAAGAUGAAAAAGAAGGAGAUCAAGAAGAAUGAUGAGAAGAUCAAGCAUCUCAAGGUCCUCCUCAAGUAUCUGGACAAGGACUAUGCGGAAACCAAAAAGACCCUAUACCCGAUGCUGGAAUCUGGUCUUAUCACCUUCGACUACCUCUGGGCUCUGUACAAGCCGAAUACCCUUGCCUACACCACGACCUAUGGGACGCUGGAUGAGCCACGCGCUUUCAAGAUCGAAUAUGCCGAGAAGGAAUGCAGUUUCAUGAAAGGAGAGUGGUAUAGCAUCGAGGGCAAGUAUCUCGAGUAUGAUGGCAAGGCCUGGGGAAUGGGCACGAUGGACUGUGAUGUCCCGGCGUUCAAGGGUGCACGUAAAAUUACCAGCCUCGCCUGCUACCCCCUCAAGUACCACAAGGACGAGGAGAAGGUGCGCAAGGAGCUUAUUGACCGCGGCAAGAAGUUCGUCUCCUUGCAGGGUGUUCAUUACAAGAGUCACGAAGGCCUUGCAUAUUACAAGAAGAAGCGACAGGUCAUCAAGGUCAAUAUCAAUGGCCGAAUUAUGAUUGACCCGGCGAUCCAUCGACGCAUCAACCCCAAUUACCAGGUCAGCACCGUCAAGCCGAAGGAUCCCAACGAACUUGAGGAUUCUUCAGACGAAGAGGAUUCCGAUUGCGGAUGCGAGUGCGAUGACUCUGACGACGAUAACAAGCAAGCUGGGAUGGAUGAUGUCGACGAGCCCAAGAUGAAGAUUAAGGUUGUUAUGGAUGACAAGAAAAAUGUCCAUGUCGUCCAAGUUCCGGUGGAUGCCGAUGGCCAAGAAAUCAAGCCUGAGAACCUACAGGCGGUUGCUGAGCAAGACCAGGACUCCGAAGAUAAGACGGAUGGGAAGAAGCCUAUCCCUGUCUUCACUGAAGAAGAGUACCUGAUCGCCUCGCCUGUUGUUCUCGGCUUUGCUUUCAGCGAGAAGUUGUGGCUCGAAUUCACGGUCUCGGGUAUCAAAGAGAUUGUCUGGAACGACGGGGCCUACGAGUCCCUCGUUCUCGAGAACAACGCCAAGGACAUCGUCAAGGCGCUCGUUGAGUCCCACAAGUAUCACCCGACCGAGAGCAUCGACGAUGUCAUCCAAGGCAAGGGUAAGGGCCUUGUGGCGGUGUUGCACGGCCCUCCUGGGACGGGUAAAACCCUUACAGCUGAGGGUAUCGCUGAGCUUCUGAAGUGCCCACUGUAUAUGGUUUCGGCUGGUGAGCUGGGCACUGACCCGCGCACUCUCGAGGCGGAGCUGCAGAAGAUCCUUGAUAUCAGCAUGACAUGGGGCUGCGUGUUGCUGCUUGACGAGGCCGACGUCUUCCUCGAGAAGCGAACGAUCCAGGAUAUUCACCGCAACGCGCUCGUGAGCAUCUUCCUCCGCUUGCUGGAGUACUUCCAGGGCAUCCUUUUCCUAACCACCAACCGCGUCGAGACCUUCGACGACGCCUUCCAAUCGCGCAUCCACAUCGCCCUCCGCUACGGCGAGCUCUCCACCAAAGCCAAGAAGGCCGUCUUCCAGAUGUUCCUCGAGAAAGUGCGCGUCCUCGAAGGCACAGACACGCUGCCCUUCAGCGAGGCAGACUUCAACGACCUCGCCAAGCACAACCUCAACGGACGACAGAUCAAGAAUACCGUGCGCACUGCGCAGGCCCUCGCUGUCAACCAGAAGGAGCCGCUCAGCAUGGUGCAUAUCCGCCGUGUGCUUGAUGUUGCGCUCGCUUUUGAGAGGGAUCUCAAGGGUGGGACUGGGUACGAGGAUGCGAUGAGGAAUUAUUAUUAA